AUGCUCACAGGGUCUCUGGUAGAAACCUUGCUAAAGGCAGUAGAUGCCAAGGACGACAUAUUCGUGCGGGAGUUACUUAAUAAUGAUACAUAUAAUCAGAACGAUAUGACCAAUAUUGUUAAGCUCAUGUCUGAAUCGACAUUGUUAACUUUCCUUCAAGUCCUUGUUGGGACAGUUAUACAGAACCCAUAUUCUCCCGAGUGUUUAAGCUGGCUACUUAUCACUUUAACGCAGCUGGACACGGAAUCAAAGGAGUCGAGUCAAAAAGCUGCUUUGCUGGCCGUAGACUCGGUUUUGGAUAACCUUCGGUCUGUUCGGGAUCAAUGCAAGGAGUUGAACACGUUGGUGAAAGCCACACUGGAUGCUGCUAUAAGUUCCGUUCAAAACCAUUCUGUCAAGCGGGCCAGGAGAGAACUUACAAGGGCUUCAAGAGACGUUGAGCCGCUCGUUUCCUUUAAACUGUGA